AUGGUCGUGCAUAUGCUUAUACGAAUUGUUUCUAGAUUUAAUCAUCCUAUAAUAUUCUUAAAGAAGAGGUAUAAAUUGGAGAGAGAAAACAAGGACCUGUUGUCCAGCAGAGAUGAUUUUUCUGACAGAUUGCAACUUGCACUCCUGGAGGUCAAGAAUCUAGAAGAAUUUGUGACUAUGCUUGUUGAGAAGUUCAAAGAACUGGAGAGGAAAAGCCUGGCAUUUUCAGAAAAUUUCAUUCAGUUAAAUGCUUUAUUUGAUUCAUGCUCGAAGUUGGCUCAGCAGGAGAAAGACCUUGUCUCUAAGUGUGCUCAAAGAAAGUUUGAUCAGAUAAACGACCAGUGUGCUAGUGCUGUUUCUGAGAAAAAUGCUUUACACUUAGAUAAUCAUGAAUUGAAAAAUAAAAUUCUUGAGCUUCAGAAAGAGCAGGAAUUUUCAAUGGUACAGCAUGCUGAAGAAUGCCGCUUAGCAGAAGAGAAAAUUCAGAAAUUGGAGUCUGAAGCAGCUCUUGUUUCUAAGCAGAGUGAGAUGCAUGUUUCGAUACUUAAAUUGGAGGAUAACCUUAGGGUUUCUUCAGAGAACUGUAGAAUAUCAGAAGAAAAAGUUGAAUUUUUUUUUGUCAUGCUGCAAGAUUUAUCAAUGAAACUUUCCGAGUUAGAACUAAGCAGCAAAGGUCUUAUAGAUGGACUAAACACAGAAAUCCUGAAGAAGCAAGAAGAAAGUGAUGUUUUGCAGAAGGAGGUUGAGAAGCGAGAAGAAAAUACACAUUUACUCGAGGAAAGAGUGAAAGAGCUUGAGAACACGGUAGAGGAAAAGGAGCAGCUUCUUGUGGAACUCAAGACAAGAGAGGAACAGAUUGGUAACCAGAAAGCGGAGGUUAUGGCUUCCCUGGCUGACACAGAAAGUAAGCUUCAGGAGGCCAAAAAGGAAUAUAAUCAUAUGUUUGAAAGCAAACAUUUAGAACUAUCAAAGCAUCUGAAAGAAAUCUCUCAAAGAAAUGAUCACGCUAUUAAUGAUAUACGGAUGAAGUAUGAGGUGGAGAAGCUGGAGACUGUUAAUCUUGAGAAAGAAAAGGCAGAUAAAAUAAUCCAAGAUUUGGAAAAAAGAUGUGAGCAAAAAGUUGAGGAAAUCAAAGAAGAAUCUCGGCAACGUUUGCUGCAAGUGCAGGAAGAACAUGCUGCAGCAGUCAGCAACAUUCACAAGGAACAUGCUAAACGAGAAACACUCCUCACAUCUAAGCAUACUGAAGAACUAAGGCGCACUGAACUUCAUGCCGAAGCUGAGUUAAGAGAGAAAAGAAAAAUGCUUAGGUCUGAGCAUGAGGCUCAGUUAAGAGCUUUGAGAUGCGAGCAUGAAGAUGAGUGCAAAAGACUGGAGGAGGAGUUGGACAUUCAAGAGGAGAAGGAAGAGAGGCAGAGGACUUUAAUGCAGUUGCAGUGGAAAGUAAUGGGUGACAAUCCACAGGAGGACCAAGAAGUGACUUCUAAAAAGAGGUCUAACUACUCCAUAACUUCUAAGAUGAGAAACAAAGAAAGCAACAAAAGAAUUCAGCAGUCUCUUGACAGAGCAGAAGUUGAUGAAAAGGAAACCCAAACUCCCGUUUCAAACACGUUGAAAAAGGCCGAGAAUGUGAAUAAUCUGCCUAAACAUAGUAGGAAGGUGACUCACCAUGAAUAUGAAAUCGAAACAUCAAAUGGUAGAACAAUUACAAAGCGAAGAAAGACCAAAAGUACAGUCAUGUUUGGGGAUCCAAGGAAGCAAAGGAAGAAAGACACACCAACGGCAAAGACUCCCAAAGCUGUUAUCCAGAGAGGCAAAGAAGGACUCCCUCCAAAACCUUCCAACAUAGGCGAUUUGUUCACUGAAGGAUCUUUGAAUCCUUAUGUAGACGACCCCUACGCAUUUGAUUAAAGCAGGAUCUGGAUGUAAUAUCUACUGCAAACGAACAUGAAUAUCAGCUGCACUGCUCACAGUCAUGUAUGAAACUAAACCCAAACACACUCACUAUCCCAAACAUUAAUCAUGUACAUGAAAUUUUGCUGUAUGAUUCUGUAUCAUUAAGUGCCAUAAAUUCUUCUUAACCUCAUCCGUGCCAGGAUUUCAGUCGUCUGUUUCUUGCACGCGUGAUGCGUUUAUAUAACUGUAGUUGCACGACUAACAUAAAACUUUUUAUGUUGAAA